AGUGCUCUCGAGCAACAGUCCCCAAGAUCAGCCUUCGAUUAUCGGCCGUACUAUCUCAUGCCUCUAAUCGCAACUGCCGACUGCCCAUGGUCAAACCCACGCGUGCCCCAGUGUUGCAUUGGCGAGCAUAGUUCACGUGACAUACGUGCUCUUGCCGUCGCUGAAUAACUCCUAGGUUUCUCUCGCAAGCGGUUCAUUCCUCGGGAAGUCCACGAGUCUAGUUUCGAGGCGCCUCACAACGAGUCUUACAAGUCUUAAGACCCAGAUGCUCGCGCUCACUCACGUCCAUCCUCAUUCUCAGCAAUCCCCGUUCCUCCGCCUAGCGCCUAGCUCCGAUACAUGGCUCCCUGCUUCAGGGCUCUGACCCCCGCCACUUCAUGUUCGGCCAAAGCAGAUUAAAGAAUCUAGGUAGACGUCCUCAGCUGGUGGGGGAUUGCGGACGUCGCGGCGAAAAAAGGGGCGUACACGGGAAGUCGCCGCAGGGCGGGCAGAGCGUGGGCGACUGAGCGACAUGGCAUGGAAGAUCCAGGCGAUGGUGUCGCCUGCGGGUCAGUCGUCGCACAAGGUGCACCACAUCGAUCCGAAGGAGCAAACGAGGUAAUCGCACGCGCUUUCGACGCUUUAUGGCGUGUCCCAAGAGUACCUCCCGCAUACACCGAAUGCGGUGUUGUAGGUUCCAGCACGGUAGAAAACGGUAUUUCUGCUCCACCACUUUGAAACUUGGGGCACCUUACUGAACCUGUGCAAACUGUACGCGAGACGUCCUCUUGGGACACGCCCUUAGAAUUUCGCUGGACUCGUCCUUUCCGCUGCCCCUUCUAUACCAUUUGCUCUCUCCCUUUCUCACUAUUUCCAUAUUUAAGUUGUAUUUUCACCUGCCCGCCUUAACCUUCCCUCCUUCAGCUCUGCGAAGCGGGCCCCCCGUCGCAGUCGCAUGCGAUUCCUGUGCGGCGUUCCCUGCAUGGACGCCGUCGUCGACGACGACUUGUGCGACAACGUGCGACUGGCGGAACCGGAUAGCGCAGCAGCAGUCCUCCGCAGGCCCGCGCAUGCGGAAGGGAUGGCGCAGCAGGGGGAACGAUCCGCGCAAUACGGGGAAGGAGCCCCGCCGUGGCUGCCCGUCCCCAGGCUCGGCAGCGGCAGCCCCGCCGGACGUCGCGCGCGCGGCAGCGGCAGCCAAGCCGCGGGCGGAGCCAGCGGAAGCCACGUGGCAGCUGCUCGUGCAAGCGGCAGCAGCGGCGGCAGCGGAAGCGGCGGGGGAAGCGGGAGUAGCGGAGGGGGAGCGGGGGGGCUGGACGGGUGGGUGGGGGAGCGGAGCGAGCGGUGGUUGAGGUACCACGGGCCCCGAGCGGGAAACGCGGCGGAAGAUGCGGCGGGGGACUCGUCAGACGACGACGACGUGAGCGACAGCGGGAUUAUGUUCGCCGGGGCGAAGGCGGAGCUCGCCGCGCGCAUCUGGCGGCGGCAGGUGCGGGGAGGAAUGGAUGGGGAAGGAAUGGAGGGGGAGGGUGUGGGGAGGGAGGGGGAGGGGAAAGGGGGCGCGGGGGAGGAAGAGGUGGCAAGGGAAGAGGGGCGAAGGGAAGAUGCGCGAGCGGGGGAGGGAGGGAGACGGGGAGAGGAAGCGGAGAUGAUUCGAUUGUUGAGAGAGCGGAAAGAGAGACAGCAGCAGCGGCGGCAGCAGCAGCAGCAGCAGCUUCGGUAUGGGGGCGGAAAUAACGGCAAGAGCAGAGAGCUCAGUCCAGUGAGACUCGCUAUAGGGGACGAGACUGGCCGUUUAUCGGAGCACGAGGAUGGGGGGGAGAGGCAGAACGGGGAUGAGGGGGAUCCAGGUGGCGGGAUGAGCGGCGGGGGGAACUAUUGGCGGAAAGUGAUGCGCCAAGGCUCCCCUGAGGGCGGAGAACACGAAGGGGAGGCGCAAGGAGAGGCGCACGGGGAGGCGCGGGGGCAGGUGUCGGCAUCCGCGCAGGGAAAGGCGGAAGAGCAGGGGAGCGGCGGGGUGGAGGGGGGUCUCGGGGGGUUAGAGGCGGAAGAGAGGUGCUGUGGCAGCGAGAGCGAUAGUAGUGGGAGUGCUACUAGCGAGGAUUGCAGUAGCGUGAGCGACGGGCGGAGCAGAAGGGGGAUGAGGGAAGCGGAAGAAUGCGGGGAAGGGGGCACGGAAGAAGGCGCGGGGGAAGAAAGGGGGGGGAUGGGCGGGCGGGGGGAAGGGGAGAAACGGAGGGACGAAGGAGGGGAGGGGGAGGAGGAAAUAGACGCGUUUGAGGACGACUCGUCACCCGUUAAGAAGCUCUGGCAGGGGCUAAUGGGUACAACCGGUGCUGGUGCCACCAGUGGUAAUAGCAGCCCCUCGGGUUGUGCUGCUGCUGCUGCUGCGGGCACUGCUGGUGCUGGUAGCGGUGGUGCGUGCGGCGGGGGGCUGGGCGGCAUGACGCCCAGGCGGCGAGCGCGAAUGAUUCGGCUGCUGGAGGAGGUGCGGGAGGAGGAGGGCGAGGGGGAGGGGGACUGGGACGCGGGGGGAGGGGGGGGGAAGGGCAACCGGGGAGAGGAGAAGGGAGGGGCAGAGAAGUGGAAGAAGCAGCAGAAGCAGCAGCGGGAUGGACAGGAGCGGUGAUGGUAAGAGGGGGAGAGGGGGAGAGGGAGAGGGAGGAAGGUGUGCCAUGGGCGGCUGGCGCAGAGGGGAGACUGGGAG